AUGAGAAGACAGAUUCAGGAGCUGACAGAGAAGAAGGGGAUUGAGGCCAUGUUCAGGUCUCAAAUGCACUUCAUGAUUCAGAAUAUUGAGAAGACAGCCCUGCUCUCUGAGCAUGUCAAUCUGCUUGCUGCUGAGAUGGAACCUGAGACAGCAGAUCAGAAAAUGUGGGAUUUUGAGAUACAGAUUGACCUGGCUGAGAGAGAGCAGUGA